UGGCUUAUGAAUUCCUAAAGUGUUAAGACCUAAAAGGAGUCACGAAAUAAAUAAAUAAAUAUAAGAAAUAUGGAAGUUUUGAAAGCAUCAGAUGUACCUGUGUCUUCGAUUGUAGAAUCGUGGGCGAUAUCGGCAUCAUGGGCACCGAUGAUUUUCAUCUUCACAACUUACCUCUUUCUAGUGUUGAAAGUUGGCCCAAAGUUCAUGGAAACACGGAAGCCAUUCCAACUUACAAACUUUACGAGAGUUUAUAACAUUCUUCAAGUCAUUUUGUGUACAGUUUUCGUGACGUGGGCACUCAAAUUUGGACUUAAAAUAGAUACAUUCUGGAAGUGUCUCAGUGAUUUCAAUGACAGAGAAAAGCUUUUGGAAUAUAAAAUAGCUCAAUGGUGGUUUUUACAUUUGCGGCUAGCUGAACUGAUUGAGACUGUUGUGUUUGUGCUAAGAAAAAAACAAAAUCAAGUUUCAUUGCUUCAUGUGUAUCAUCAUAUCAGCACGGCGACAAUUAUUUGGAUGUUUAUGAAAUAUUGUUCAACAAUCAUGGACCUUCAUACAGCUUUUGUCAACUCAUUUGUACAUAUUUUCAUGUACUUUUAUUACUUCUUAAGCUCUUACAAAUCAUUAGACAAGUACACAAAGAAAGCGAAGCCUUUCAUCACGGGACUUCAAUUGAUUCAACUUGUGAUCAUUCUUGGACAAAAUGUUGCUGCUAUUCUUCCAAGUUGCCAUGUGACGAGACUGUUUUAUGUACAAGCGAUAAAUGCUGCAAUCUUAAUUUAUUUUUUCGCUGAUUUUUAUAUUCAAAGCUACGUUAAAAAGAAGCAGAAAUAAAUUCUCAGUUAGAUAUCCAAUUAAUUAUCUUUGACAACAAAAUUAUCUUUAUUGUCUUAACUUAGGUCUCGUAACAAUACACACA